AUGACUACGAAGGCUAUGUGGGAGGUUGACCCGGAGACAAGGUCAAAGCUCCUUGAUAUCUCCAAGACCAAUAACAAUGACCGAUGUAUCGAUUGCGGUGCACCCUCUCCUCAAUGGGCUUCCCCUAAAUUCGGCGUUUUCAUCUGCUUAUCAUGCGCCGGCGUUCACCGCGGAUUGGGAGUACAUAUUAGUUUUGUGAGGAGUAUCACAAUGGAUGCUUUUAAGGCACAAGAGAUUGAGCGAAUGAGGGAAGGGGGUAACAAAACUUGGAGGGAUUUCUUCGAUCAGGAUGAAAGAAAUGUUAUGAGUGGUAUUACUUGGGAUGAUGCAACGAUUGCGGAACGAUAUUCUGAUGAGGUCGGUGAGGAAUAUAAAGAGCGCCUCACUGCCAAAGUCGAGAAACAGGAAUACGUACCAGGACCCAAAGCCCCCGUCACGAAGUCUACAGCUGCUGCUACGUCCAUUUCAAACCACAGUUCUACCAACUCUCGGUCGCAAACUCCUCUUGGAGUACGAAAUUCUAGCCCUUCUAAUGGAAAAUUAAAGGUUGACGAUAGAUACUUUGCUGGAUUGGGGGCUGCGAACGCGAAUCGAUCAGCGGAUCUACCACCUUCACAAGGAGGCAAAUACGCAGGAUUUGGAAGUCAACCAACCGAAAAAGAAGAUAACAAUGUGAAAUUACCGGGCUUUGAAGAUUUGCAAAGAGAUCCUGUGGCGGCGCUGACGAAGGGCUUCGGAUGGUUUACAACUACUGUAGGGAAGACGGCAAAGACUGUUAAUGAGGGAUAUAUACAACCUACAGCCGCAAAGAUCGCCGAAUCUGACGUAGCCAAGCAAGCCCAACUUACCGCCGCCCAAGUUGCGCGAAAUGCGCAAACCGGGGCCAAGAGUGCCGCAGAUGGAUUCAAUCGCUUUGUAGAAGGUAGCGGGAGUGGUCCUUCCAGGAAUGUACCAAUUGAUGAGAGUAAGAAGGAUUUCUGGGAUAGUUUUGCGGAUGUGGGAGCUAAGAGACAACAUGCACCAAGUGCAUCGAUUGGGACGGCGGCUGUUAAGAGGAAUGGAGGUGGUGGUGGGGUUGGGGCGAAGAAAGAUGAAGACUGGGAAAAGUGGUGA